GUAUUUUCAGCUACCAAUUAUCCAAGUGUCGUAAUGAAAACCUCAGCUCUGCACGAGGCACUCCCGAAGCAAUUCCAUUGGCGUGAAAAUAGCAUGGGUGGUUUUCGGGCUACUGCGCCAAGUUUAGGGAGGUCGUCCACCUAUAUGGGUGUCUCGAAAGUCACUCGAUUCGUCCAAUUGUGUGCGUCCAGCAUAGUCGACGUCGCCCUCUGGGGUGAGACGCCCACAUUCACGAGCUACUAUAAGGGACGGAGAGAGUCAAUUUUGACAGGUGGAAAAUCUCAAGCUGUUCUCAGUGGGAGUAGUAAAAUAAUUAAUUCAAGUCGCGUGAUGGCUGUCAAGGUGAUGGCAAUCAUUGUGAUAUUCAUCAAUGCAGGGAUAUCUUGGCCAUCAGGCAGUGUUUCAUGUUACAUCAGCUACUCAAACGAUAGUAGUGAUACUCGUAUGGUAGAUUAGGUACUAUCAGACGCAGGGAGGAUCGCACAGACAUUAUACAGAUGACUGGCAGCAAGAGUAGUGGAAGAGCUGUACCUACCCUGCAAUUUCGAAAGAUGGAAUGGGGAUUAAGAAGAUAUUAAAGGUUUGAAAGUACAGUGCAGGAGAGGGCAAUGUAUAAUCACAAAGGAGCCUGAAAGGAGCCUUUUCAUGGUCAAC